CAAUCUAAACCUAACCUCAAAACCUCUGAUACUGAAGAGGAGCUUUCAUUAUCGUCUCAUCUAUUACAGUCUACAAAUUUUAAGAAGAAGGGAGGGUGGAAAAGAUCGGCUAGAAAAUCAACUGAGAAUUCACAUGAAAGCUAUGUUAGUGGUGGUUCGAAGAGAUCAGCAUAUCCUAUGGGCAUUGACAUUCCAGUUAACAAGUUUACACAAUCAAUCUUUCCACAAAACCAGCCACAUGAUCGAUGUUAAUGCUCUCUUGGAACUAUCGAGGAUUGAAAAACAUCUCGACAGUCCGUAACUUGAAGGCGUUUCUUAGGUCUUGCAACCCUCAAAUUUCUUUUCUAACUGAAACUCUAAUUGGUGGGUCAAAUUCUCAGAAGUUGUGUAAUUCUCUCUGUUUUUAUAAGUUUAAUUAUGUUCCUACGGUAGGAAGAAGUGGUGUUAAUGCGUGAUUCUUUGGAAUAAUGAUAUUGAUUUGGAUGAGCUAAGGGCUGAUUAAAAUGUGAUUCAUUUUCGUAUCCAUAGUAUGAUAAAUAAUGAUUGGGAUCUUCUGUGUGUCUAUGGCCCUCCCCAACAUCAUCUUAGAAACAUAUUUUGGGUUAAUUUAUCGGAUUAUGCUGCUCAAAUACCUAAACCCUUGUGCAUUGUGGGGGACCUGAAUGCCAUUAGUAACCUGACAGAGAAGCAGGGUGGGAGUCAGAAAUCUAAUCCGGCAAAUUGCGAGUUCAAGAAUUUUAUUCAUAGUAGAAGUCUGAUAGGUAUGGGGUUUAUCGGUCCGGCAUUUAUGUGGUCUAAUGGAGCUACUAUGGAUGAACCGAUUUUUGAGAGGUUAGACAUAGCUAUUUGCACCCCAGAUUGGUUAUUCAUGUUCCAAAAUAAUAGAGUGAUGCAUCUUCCAAGACUUAAAAGUGACCAUGCACCAAUUCUGAUCAAUACAUACAGAGUUAACAACAUGAAGACGAAGUUCUCCAUCAAUUUUGAAUAUUAUUGGGUUGAUCAUCCUGAGUUUAAUAAUUUGGUUCAUAAUUCUUGGGAUUCAAACAAUCUGAGUAUUGUUGACAAAAUUAAUGAUGUGGGAAGAGAAUUGAAUAAAUGGAGUAGGAAAGAAAUUGGAAACAUUUUUAGAGUUUUUGAAGAAACGAAGCAACAACUUCUCGGGGUGCAAAUGGAUUCUCAUACAAGAGACACCAAACAGGAGGAGAAAGAGCUGUGCCAGAGAAUUGAUUACUUAAAUCUUUUGCAUCAGAGAUAUUAUGAGCAGGGGAGCAAGGUGAAUUGGAUCCCCAAUGUAGACAAAAACACUCACGUGUUUCACCUCUAUGUUAUCCAAAGAAAGAGAAGGAACCAGAUUGUAACAAUAAAGUCUUCUGAAGGUAAUUGGAUUACUGAAACUUCUGAGGUGAUAAACUUCUUAGUAAAUCACUUCACCAAUCUUUUCAAGAGAGACCCAGAUGAAGACAUACUCCGAAAAAUUUAAAGCUGCUACAAAGAUUGGUAUCUGCCAUAGCAAAAAUAUCUCUAGGGUGCCUAAUAAUGAGGAAGUUUGGGCUACUAUAAAGAAGAUGAAAAUCUUAAAAUCGCCUGGUCAAGACGGCAUGCCAGCUCUCUUCUACAAAAGAUGCUGGGAAUCCAUUGGUGAUGAUGUGAUUAACAUGGUACUCAUCUUUAAUGUUUCGAUACUACCACUUUACCUCCAGACCUGAUUUCCAAGAUUAAAAAUCAUAAGCUUCCUUCAGAUUAUAGGCAUAUUGCUGUCACAAACAUUUAAUAUAAAGUCAUUACUAAAAUCAUCGCUCAACGCCUGAAAUCUCAUCUAAAUGACUUAGUGGAUAGAUCUCAAUCUGCAUUCAUCCCAGGUAGACUCAUUGUUCAUAACAGUGUGACUGCCAGAGAAAUUCUCCAUUCCAUGUCCAACUCUAGAUCAAUAAUUGGAUCCUUUGCUUUCAAAAUUGAUAUCAGUAAAGCUUACGACAAGAUAAGUUGGAUAUUCCUAAGUCAUUUCCUUAGAAGAUUUGGUAUUGUCGGCAAAACCCAUGAACUCAUCAUGAAGUGCAUAUCAACUUCUUCUUUCCAAUUGUAGUAAAUGGUCAGGCGGAGGAUAUUUUGUUAACGAAAGAGGGUUGAGACAAGGUGAAAAUAGAUGGAAAGAAGAAAAGCUGCAGCAGCUAUUCACCCUAGCUAUCUGAAGUCAAGAAGAUUGUGGAGAUACAUCUGCCUUCAACGGAGACAAACUCGAGGGACAGGCUACUUUGGAUACACCACCCUACUGGUAAGUUCUCUGCCAAAUCUUAUAUAAGAACUUUAACUGAUAGUCAACCUUCUACCUCUACCACUUCUGAAUUUUCAUGGAAGAGAUUAUGGAAUAAGUUAAAAAUAUUCCCCAAAGAUUCAACUUUUUAUAUGGAGGAUUCUCAAUAAUGGGAUAGUUGUUGCUGGAAAUUUAUUGAGACAUAUCAGGGUAGUUAAUGGUGACUGUAGACUGUGCAAUAAAAAGAUAGAAACAGUUGAUCACUUAUUUCUCCACCGCCAAGCAACGCAAGCUGUUCUCUUUGCUUCUCUCAUGAAUCUUAGAACUGGUUUAAGGACGAAUGAUAUUGUUAAAGAUUUGAUAUCCAGAUGGAUCAAUGAAGGUGGAAACUUCUGCAAUAUGAAGAUGGGUGUUUAUAUGUUUUGGGAAAUUUGGAAGGCCAGAAAUAAUAUAGUCUUCAAUAAGGGCAAGUUUGUUAUUUAAUCCAUUAUCAAAUGGGCUAUGUAAUGAUUUAAUCUUGAGGUACCCACUGAUGAAUCCAUGUUGAUACCCAUUGAAGCUGAGUUUUUAGAGGCUCAUAAAAAUAUUUGGGAGCCUCCAUCAGUCAACAAAAUUAAGAUUAAUAUUGAUGGUGUGUCUGGAGUCAAAGGCUACGCGUGUACCGCCAUUGCGAGAGAUAGUAUGGCAGGCUUUCAAGGGUGUCAAACUAAAGUUCUCAAUUUCUCUACGGCAGCUGAGGCAGAAACUUAUGAGGCCUUGUUGGGUGCAAAACUAGCUCUCAAUAAGGAGUGCAGAGAUAUCGUAAUUGAAGGCGAUGCAUUGAAUACCAUCAAUGCAUUGAAGUACAGACACCUUCCCUUUCCAUGGCGUAUUCAAUACACUGUCAACAGAAUUGGAGAUUGUCUCCUAAAUUCAACUAUGUUGAGUUUAGAUUUGUCAAAAAUGAGGCCAAUAAUGGGGUUUACUCCUUAAUAGUGCAUGAUGUGUCUACCCACACUUCCGAUGUGUGGUUAUCUUUUACUCCUUCGUGUAUUGCUUUUCUCAUUAAGAGUGAAGCUUCUCUUUGCUUGUAGGAUAUUUGGUUUUCUUUUCUUUUUUUCCUUUUUGUUGUUGUCUGGCCUUUCAAAAAAUAAAAAAUAAAUCUCCUUAAAUAAGUUAUCCGAAAUGUGUCCCACAACCCAAAGUUUUACAUAUCUUUCCAAAUUUCGAACGCGAUCCUGAAUAUACUAGUGUGACCCAGAAAUUGUUGAAUAAUUAAAAUUUGUUUUGUGGCCUCAAAGUUGCCACAUAUGUAAGUCAAUGCCCA